AUGGUGGCAAAAAGGCCUUGGAUCCAGCUCCAGAAACUUCUCGGCUGUUGUGUCAGAGAGGAAGACUGGGACCAGCACUUGGAUCAGCUUCACAUGCUGCAGCAGAAGAGUAUACGGGAGUCUCCACUGCUUAGAGCAGCUAAGGAAAAUGAUCUGUGUACACUUAAGAGACUUCAGUUUGACCAGAACUGUGACUUCCGACAAAGAGCAGCCCUGGGCCAGACAGCACUGCAUGUAGCGGCCCUCUAUGACAACCUGGAUGCUGCUGUCAUGCUGAUGGAGGCUGCUCCGUACCUGGUCACAGAACCCACACUGUGUGAGCCAUUUGUAGGUCAGACUGCACUACACAUCGCAGUCAUGAACCAGAAUGUGAACCUCGUCUGCGCCUUGCUUGCCCGAGGGGCCAGUGUCUCCGCCAGAGCUACGGGGUCUGCCUUCCACCGCAGUCCCCACAACCUCAUCUACUAUGGAGAGCACCCUCUGUCCUUUGCUGCCUGUGUGGGCAGUGAGGAGAUUGUCAGGCUGCUCAUUGAACAUGGAGCUGACAUCCGGGCUCAGGACUCUCUGGGAAAUACAGUACUGCACAUACUCAUCUUGCAGCCCAACAAAACCUUUGCCUGCCAGAUGUACAACCUGCUGCUGUCCUAUGACGGGGGAGACCACCUGAAGUCCCUGGAACUCGUGCCCAACAACCAGGGACUCACCCCCUUCAAGCUGGCUGGAGUGGAAGGCAAUAUUGUGAUGUUCCAACACCUGAUGCAGAAACGGAAGCAUAUCCAGUGGUCCUGUGGGCCACUGACAUCGUCCCUCUAUGAUAUCACAGAGAUUGACUCCUGGGGCGAGGAGUUGUCCUUUCUGGAGCUUGUGGUUUCCUCCAAGAAGAAAGAGGCUCGCCAAAUUCUAGAACAGACCCCGGUGAGAGAGCUGGUGAGCCUAAAGUGGAGGAAGUAUGGACGGCCUUACUUCUACCUCCUGGGUGCUCUCUACAUCUUGUACAUGGUCUGUUUCACCGUGUGCUGUGUCUACCGACCCCUCAAGGCCCGGGACACCAACAGAACGCAUUCUCGAGAUAACACCGUCAUGGAACAGAAGACACUACAGGAAGCAUAUGUGACUUACCAGGACAAUGUCCGACUGGUGGGGGAGCUGGUGACAGUCAUGGGAGCUGUGGUUAUUCUAUUUCUAGAGAUACCGGACAUCUUCAGGGUUGGCGCCUCUCGCUACUUUGGACAGACAGUUCUCGGGGGACCAUUCCAUGUCAUCACCAUCAGCUAUGCCUCCCUUGUGCUGGUGACCAUGGUGAUGAGGCUUACCAGUGUGAACGGGGAGGCUGUGCCCAUAUCCCUGGCACUGGUGUUGGGAUGGUGUAGUGUCAUGUAUUUCGCCCGAGGAUUCCAGAUGCUGGGUCCCUUUACGAUCAUGAUUCAGAAGAUGAUUUUUGGAGACCUACUACGCUUCUGCUGGCUGAUGGCUAUGGUCAUCCUGGGAUUUGCCUCAGCCUUCUGUAUCAUUUUCCAGACAGAGGACCCAGAAAAUCUAGGGGAAUUCUCCGACUACCCCACAGCACUGUUCAGCACAUUCGAGCUCUUCCUCACCAUCAUCGACGGCCCUGCCAACUACAGGGUGGACCUGCCUUUCAUGUACGACCUCACCUACGCCGCCUUCGCCAUCAUCGCCACGCUCCUCAUGCUCAACUUGUUCAUUGCCAUGAUGGGUGACACUCACUGGCGAGUGGCCCAGGAGAGAGAUGAGCUCUGGAGGGCGCAGGUUGUGGCCACCACAGUGAUGCUGGAGAGGAAAAUGCCUCGCUUCCUGUGGCCCCGAUCUGGGAUCUGCGGUUGCGAGUACGGCCUGGGGGACCACUGGUUCCUACGGGUUGAGCACCACCAUGACCAGAAUCCUUAUCGAGUGCUUCGCUAUGUGGAGGCUUUCAAAUCUUCAGACAAGGAGGAGGUACAAGAGCAGCUAUCUGAGAAGCAGCCUUCUGGGACUGAGACUAGAACUUUACAUAGAGGCUCUGUGGUCUCGCAGACGCCCCCUCUGUCCAGGACUACAUCCCUAAGCAGCAAUAGCCACCGUGGCUGGGAAAUCCUCCGUCGAAAUACCCUGGGCCAUUUGAAUCUUGGACUAGACCUUGGAGAGGAGGAUAGAGAGGAGAUCUACCAUUUCUGAAAAGUAUUCUGUUUCUUUAGAUCUAGCCCCAAGUGGGCCAAGACACGGGAAAAGGGAGGGGUGGGGAGGAAGAGAGGCAGAAAGAAGGAGUGAGCUGGUUCUCCAAGAAUCGCACUUCUGUGGUUGUGAGUGGUGGGAGGGUACAGAUAGAGUAUUCUUUAAGGAGCGGUAAAUCACCCUUCACAUUUCAGCAUUUGUAGAUGGGCAGUGGUCACCUGCUGUUGUACACACCUUAUGGGUUCCUCUAAGGCUCACAUCUUCAGAAACUGGCAACUGAGCACAAGAGAUGAGGACACUGGCAUCUUUGAUUGACAUUUGGACAAUCUUUCUUAUGCUUUGAACAGAAGAUAGAAAGCAGUACGCCACAAGACUUGCCUGAUUCCUCAAUGCUUAAUGUGAAAAGAACCAUCGUGACGCCAAAGUCAAUCCUAUUUCUUUACCCUCCUUGGGACUCUCUCCUCCAACUAGCAACCAAAUCCUGAGUAGAAAACUACAAGAAAAAAAAGAGUUCCUCAUCCUGUGGCCUUUAAUUUUUCUUAUGUCAAAAUGUAUAUAUCAUAAAAUUUAUCGUUUUAACUAUGUUCAGUAUAAAGUACAUUCAGACUAUUGUGUAAGCAUCACUAUGUAUAAGCAUACAAAAGUUUUUCAUCUUCAGACACUGGAAUUCCUACCCACUGAAAAAAAUGCCUCUCCACUGUUCCUUCUCUUUAGUCCUCAGUAAGCCAUUAUUUUACUUCCUGCUUAGGAAUUUAUUGUAGGUACUUUAUCUAAGUGGGAUUGUACAAGGCCAGGUCCAUUGUGCUCGCCUUGUUUCAUUUACUAUAAUAGUUUCAAGGUUUCUUCUAUUCUGUAAAAGUAUCAGCAUCUCAUUUCUUUUUUUAGAGUGAAUGUACACACACCUCACCUUGUUUAUCAGUCUGUCUGGAAAAGGUUAUUUAUGGAUUUUCCUAUCUUCUGCCUCUUGUGAAUGUUGAUGCUAUGGAAAUGAGUGUAUAUGUCUAUAGACGUUCAUGUUUUUAAUUGUUGGAUGUUGGUGAGGUUUAUGUGCCUAAAAAUCGAAUGGAUGGAUCACACAGCAACCGCAUGUUUAAUUCUUUAGACAAACCACCAUGUUGUUUUCCAUAAUGGCCUUCAGCAUUUUGUAAAGUCCUGAUACUGGGUGUGAAAUGCUAUCUCAUUGUAGUUUUGAUUUGCCUUUCCCUAAAGUCUAAGGAUAUUGAGUGUCUUUUCAUGCUCU